AUGGGCAAAACUCUUCAGCGGCGUCGAGGGUCGAACCCGAUGGACCGCACGUGGAUGGCGGCGUGCAUGAGUGGAAUUUUGUUGUUUUGCAGCGGGGAGCUCGUUGCAGCUCAGCUGAGUGAAGGCAUUCAACACCGGCUUUUGCAAACUGGGUUCACGACUGUUGCGCCCACAUUCCAGGAUGCGGUCGCCACUUGCGAUCUAAUAGCCAAAGAAAAGGAUGCCGCCGCCGGGGCAGCUGCUGCCUCGCUGACGCUGUCACAAUCAAGUCUCACCGCUACGUUGGUAUGUAAGGCAGCAACGAUCACGAUGAUACCACAGAGCCUGGCAAAAGUGUGUGAUCCAAAGCAAUCCAAAGGCGGUACCCAAUGCCAGUUUGACGGCAGCGCUUCCGAUGGCAAAGAAGUCACGCUGAAGGAAUUGCUUGGUACAGACCGUACUGUUACGUGGACUCAGUCAAAGAAAAGAGUAGGCAAAACAGAAACGUGGACAUUGCAAUUGGAGGAUGCAGACCUUCCUUUGACUGACAAGAGCUUCCUUGUUGGGUGUCAAGACUCCACUUCCUCUCAGGGUAAGCAGGUGUGCAAGGUCACGGUGAAUGUCGAAGCAAGAGCUUCUUCUGUUGGGGAUACGAACGUCGUCACCUGUGCGUACGGCAAAAACAGCAACCCAGUGCCCCUGAAGGUUGAGAUGACAACAGAAAACAACACCCUCACUCUUCAGUGUGGUUCCGAGGGUAUUCUCCAUCCGACUAAAUAUAAAACUCGCUACUGCGACGCUCAGGAAGCAGACUUGAGGAAGUGCAACGAGAAGGAUUACACAGGUAUUCUUCCCAGCUUUGUGGAGAGCUGGUGGACAAAUGCAGACGAGGAGAGUUCCGCUACGCUGACAAUCCCAGAGACGGAGUUUCCGGAAUCAGACCAUCAAUUCCGUUUGAGUUGUGUUCCCAAGUCGACAAAUUCCGAGGGAUCUGAUCGUGAAGAGAAGGCUGGGGGAAACGACAGCUCACAGGCGGGUGCGACUACGUCGACUUGCAAUGUGGUUGUGACUGUGAAGUCAGGAAGCUCUGCGUCGUCAACUGGUCAAAUGGUAGCUACAGUCUCGGGUGCGGCCGCUUUGUUCGGGUUCCUCGCCUGGUCCGUGUAA